UCAUGCUGCUGCCAGGUCCAGAGUGUGUCAUGGGUCCCUGUACGGCCUCCCAUUGCUGCUGUCUCCAUCGCCACACACUCUGCCAUGUGCCACUUUCAGGUCUCCUCACACUGCUGGUGGGUUCCAUUUUGUCAUAGGGGGCUGGCAGAUUACGGGCCUCCCAUUGCUGCUGCCAGGCCCGUAAUCUGUCAUGGGCCCCUGUACCGCCUCCUCAUGCUGCUGCCAGGUCCAGAGUGUGUCAUGGGUCCCUGUACGGCCUCCCAUUGCUGCUGUCUCCAUCGCCACACUCUGCCAUGUGCCACUUUCAGGUCUCCUCACACUGCUGGUGGGUUCCAUUUUGUCAUAGGGUGCUGUAUGGCCUCCCAUUGCUGCUGCCUCCUCCGCCACACUGUGGCUCCACACUCUGGUUUUGGCCCCGUGACUGCCCAAAUGAGUGAAGUGUGCGGUGAUUCUAAGAUCGACGGCACUCAUCUGCAUGUCAUACUG